CGUUGUAGCGCGUGGUCGUGCAGCGUGCAGCGAGCAGAAGACAACAGACUUAUAUAAAAAAUAUAUAAAAGACUACAAAAGUCAACAGCAACAAGAACAACAAGAAAACAGCGAGAACAACUACGUCUCGAACUAGAACAACAGCCAGGCGAGCGAGAAAAUUCUGGGGCCAUUCCAUGUGAAGCAGCCAACGGAGUGGCAAAAAGGCGCUCAAAUUCAACGAUUCGUGGCCAGCAUGGAUGAGGAGCACGAGGACGAUCGAAUAAUAUGAGAUUAGAUGGGGCUUUAGAGCCCCGUCACGGUGCUGCAACGCUGCAGGGCCGCUUUAUUGGCGUUGCCAAAUAUCGGCGCGAGACGCGCCUAAAAUCUGAGCAGCAGCAGCAACAAUGCGCUGACGAAGACGACGAAGCAGCCGCAGCCGCAGCGCCACCGCCAGCAACAGCUAAGCACUUCAGCAACAACAACAACAACAGCAACAGCAACAACAAUUGCCGUUGGGCAGCAUUGGAGCAACAAGCUCAACACUUGUCGCCCAGCCAGGCGCCAAGCACAACAACAGCAACAACAACAACAGCGUCUAAUACAAACAAAGUUAACUUGCACUUAAGCAUUGAGGGCGCCACAACAACAACAACAACAACAACAACAACAGCAACAACAACAAAGGCAACAACACCAUCAAAUUGGCGCGCCAAAGCCGCCUCCCUGAAAAUGCGUGUGGAGCAAUCGUUAAUGCUAAUGGCGCGUCGGGUCAGCGGCAGCCAACGCCGGCUGAACAUGGGGCGCCACGGCACCAACAACAAUGUCCUGUGCCUGAUUUCCGUUGUCGCGCUGGCAGCGCUGCUGCCGCUGCCGCCGCUGGCGCUGGCCGAUGACGGUGAUAAUUUCUUUGCCGUUAAUAGCUUCAGCGUGGGACCCGAGACGACAACACCCGAGUUCGAUUAUGCCAGCCGCGGGCAGAAAAAGUUUGGCGACAAGUGCGAUAAUACAUUGGAAUGCGGCUUUCCCGGCUCCAUAUGCGAUCCCAAAAAGAAGUACUGCCAGUGCACCGACGAUCUGCAAAUCACCAAUCACAUUGACAAAUGUGGCAAGGCGGCUGCCAUCAACGAGUCCUGUUUCUUCAACGAGCAGUGCGAGGCGAUUUACUUUCAGACCGAAUGCCGCGACGGACGUUGCAUAUGUCGCUUCGAGAUGUCGCCCAUUUGGGGCAAGGAUGGGUCCGUUGAGUGCAAAGGACGCCAGGACAAGCGACCGGACACAUACCUUGAUCCGGCCAUGAUUGGCGUACUGGUAGGAAUGGCAUUGAUGUUUGUUAUUAUUUGUGUCGUCCUGCGAUUGUUUAGCCAGGCACGCUGGCAUGAGAAUCGCACCAUAUUCAAUACGCCGAAUCCACGUCUGAUGAACGUCUCCCUGUUGCGGGACAACAAGCUGCUCCAUGGCCAGGACAGGCGCGGCUCACGGAUGUCCGUGCGGGCGCCAUCCCGGCAGCCGAGCAUGGCAUCGCUGCGUCCGCACUCGCCGAAUCCGUCGCUAGGUAAGACAGGCUCCCAGUCGGACUCCCAUGGCAGCAAUGCAUCCGCCACAUCGGUGCGCUCGAACCGCAGCAAUUCGGUGGCGCCGCGCAAGGUGUCCGGCGGUGGUCAUCCCGAGCGGCACGGCUCCUCGCAUCGCCAGCAUCAUGCGCAGCUGAAAUCGCCGCAGGAGGAGUCCCUGAUAACGAACAUAACCACAAAUCCCGUGGCCGAGAGCGUGACCGUUGAAAUUAUUGAACCCGGACAGAAGUGAACAAAGGCUAUGCAGUAAAAAAAAAUAUUAAAAAAAAAGAAUAAAAAAAAAAAUGAUAAUAACACGUAUAAACGAGUCAACAAAUCGUCGAUAUCGUCGUUUAAUAUGCACGCGAUAGUAAGCAGAACAUAAUGCCAUUGUUAGAACUUUUUUUAAAAGACCGUUUUUUUUUCCAAUUUUUCGAAACCGUAAGCCGGUACGCCGUAAAAGCGUAUUACACACAACAACAAAUGCUAAUUAAUUGCUUACAUAUACAUAUAAAUAAAUAUAUAUAUAUCUAGUUAUAUAUAGCAAUCGAUGUAUAUAUCGAAUGGAUAUAUACGACUACACCGUGGAAAAAAAAUGUUCGAAAAAAAACCUUGCAUAACAAAUUCAUACUAAUCUUUUUUUCAAAAAAAAAACAACAAAAAAAAAACAAACGAGCAAAAAAAUUUAAAAAAAAAAAAUGGAUCAUGAAAAUGAAAUACUUUAUUAAUUUAUAUAAAUAUUGUACGCAGAUCUAAAGCUUUUAUGCCUAGGCACCCAAGCAAAAAAAUUUCGUAGAAAUAAAAGCGUUUUUGUAGGCAAGAUUUAAAACGAAACCAAAACAAUGGAAUUUAGAAAAAUUGUGUUUUUGCUAAUAUAUAUAUACAUAUAUAUCUCUUAUACUAAAAGGAAAAGCGAAAAUCAUUGCCAAACAACAACAAAAUUGGGACACACAAAAUACAAAGCAGACUAUGUACAAUGUACAUACGCACAACGCCUUAUCUUAUCUAUAUCUAGAUGCAGCUACCGAUGUGGCAACGGCUAGUAUAUAUACACACACAUACAUAUAUAUAGAUAUAUGUGUGCAGUAUAGAGAGCGCAAGUUCCGGCCACACCUCCAAUUGCUGCUAUCGCCCCCCCUCCCAAAAAAUAUGGAUAUUAUUAUUCUUAUAGCCAAUGCAAGAGCACACACAGAUAUAAAAAAAAUAUUAUAAAACCUCGGGACCAUAUUUUAUAAUCAAAAUAUGCGUUUCAAUUAACGUUGCACGCACGUAUUAGUUCCCACUAAAAGCCAUUUUGUCAAGUGUUUUAUUCGAUAUUAAUUUUUGACUAGCUAUUGUUAAACGCUGGCUGAACUAAUGUUUAGGGAACUCACACAAACACGAAAACUAGAAAGGAAAAGAAAAUCUAAGAAAAGCUAAGAAAAGCUGAGAAAAGCUGAGAAAAGCUAGCACAAUGCACAGUCAAGUGCCGUAGUUCGAGUAGUUAGCGCCUAACCAAGUCUAAACUAAACACGAGUAGCUGCUAAUAAUAAUAAUCUAAAUUGACUUCCAGUUAAAGUUACCAACAUUUCAGUUCUUUACAACACUGUAACAUUUUUGUGCUAAAUCUCCUUAAUUUCAAACACACACACAAAUUUUCGUUUUUUUUUGGAAUCCUCUGGAAUGGUCGGCCGGGGCUGAGCACUGGGCGAGCCAAUAAUAGGGGAAGAUUCUUCGUGCGUCCAGUGCUGAGCCCACAUUUGGCUGGCCAAAAAGAAUUUAAAAAAAAAAAAAAUAACAAGAUUAUAUAUAUAUACAUAUAUAGUACUUAGAAUGUUGAGUAUGUUAAGGUCUUUUGGUUUUCCGCAAAGCCCCCCCUCAACAAAACUCUCAUUUGCUUUUGUGCUCAAUCAAAGAAGCUUAACUGUGAGAAUAACAAAAUGAAUACAAAACGUGUUUGUACUUGAAACAAAACAAAUUACAAAUAAAUAAAAAUAAAAA